AUGGAGGACGGCCGGGAUCCGUAUUCUGGGCGUGGGGCUCCCAUGCCGCCCAACGGCGACCGCUACGGGCGCGAGCCGUGGCGAGGAGACAGAGGGCGCGACCGCGACGGUCGGGGCGGGAUGCGCCCCCGAGACGGCUCCUACCGCGGAGACAGAGACUACGGCCGAGGCUACUACUACGGCCAUGGGGGCUAUGGCCAAGGACAUCAGGCAGGCGGGCCUUCUGGAGGCGACCGUGGCCACGGCGGCUACGGGGGAGGAGGCGGCGGAGGCUACGGCGGCGGAGGCUACGGAGGCGGAGGCGGCGGAGGCGGCUAUGGAGGAGGAGGCCAAGGAGGCGGCUAUGGAGGCGGCUACGGGGGAAGAGGGGAGAGGGAAAAGCCGCGCAGUCGCUCGCGAUCCCCCGGAGGCAGGGGAGGAAGAGGCGUGGCGCCAGCACCGCCGACGCGCCCCCGUCGCAACCGGGACAUUUCCACGUCUCGGGAGCGGUCUCGGUCUCGCGAGAGGAGAAGAAGAAGAAUGCAGGCAGAGUGCAUUCGCCGCGCUGGAGGCUUCCAGAAGCUGGCAGACAGCGAGGGUCACGAGCCGAUUCGUCUCUUCUGGGACGGUUUCCAGUGGGUGGCGAAGACGGGCGCAGCCUCGACGCAGGCCGGCUCGGACGCGGCGACGAUGAACAGCACGAGGAAGUUGCGCCGCCUGUACUUUGGGAACUUGCCGCUGCACUUGGGUCUGACGGAAAGCACUUUCCAAGACGUCGUGUGGACCGAAAUGAAGAACCGCGGGUUCUGCAACGACCCCGAGGCGAACCCUGUGCUCUACGUCUGGUUCGCCAAGGACAAAGGCAACUACGGCUUCGUCGAGUUCUCCACUGUCGAAGAAACGGAGCGGGCGCUGACCAUGGAUGGAAUGCUCUGCAUGGGCAUUCCCCUCAAGGUCUCGAGGCCGAACGACUACUCUACGACUUCUUCUGCGCAGACGCAAGCAAUGAGCGUCAUGGGACAACAAGCAGCCGCGAUGCUCAUCGGACAACUCGCCGCACCCGGCGGACCUCCCGCCGGCACCACGCGCUUCCUGCGAAUCAUGCAGAUUGUGGAUCCGGCGACGCUCAAGGAAGAGGAGGACUAUGACGACUUGCUCGAGGACGUGAAAGAAGGCUGCGAAAAAGCUGGGAAGAUCGUGAACGCAGUGGUUGUUUCGCCCAAGAUCAAGGCACAGGUGCCCUUCGAGCUCUGCGACAUCAUCCUUGAGUUCUCCACGCCGCAAGAAGUCGACGCUUGCGUCGUGGCGAUGGCGGGCCGAAAGUACAUGGGAAAACCUCUGGCCAUGGUCAGACUCGAAGAAGCCUCCUUCUCCCAAUACGUUGCGCCGCUCCUCAGCAAAUGA